AUGCCUCUAAACCGCAGUUUAUCCGUGUCCUCACUGCCAGGACUGGAGGACUGGGAGGAUGAGUUCGACCUGGAAAACACGGUGCUCUUCGAGGUGGCCUGGGAAGUGGCCAACAAGGUGGGUGGCAUCUACACGGUGCUGCAGACCAAGGCCAAGGUGACCGGGGAUGAGUGGGGUGACAAUUACUUCCUGGUGGGGCCGUACACGGAGCAGGGAGUGAGGACCCAGGUGGAACUGCUCGAGGCCCCCACGCCGGCCCUGAAGAGGACUCUGGACUCCAUGAACAGCAAGGGCUGCAAGGUGUAUUUUGGCCGCUGGUUGAUUGAGGGGAGCCCCCUGGUGGUGCUCCUGGACGUGGGGGCCUCCGCCUGGGCCCUGGAGCGCUGGAAAGGGGAACUCUGGGACACCUGCAACAUCGGGGUGCCCUGGUACGACCGUGAAGCCAACGACGCCGUCCUCUUUGGCUUCCUUACCACCUGGUUCCUGGGUGAGGUAGGCUCCACUGUCAACCCCUAUCUUGCUCCUUUUCAGCCCCAGCCCAGAGAGAAAACUCCCAUCAGCCGCUGGGCCAGAGGGUGGCUGGAUAUCGUGACCCCCAAUGGACUGAAUGUGAAGAAAUUCUCUGCCAUGCACGAAUUCCAGAACCUUCAUGCCCAGAGCAAGGCGCGAAUCCAGGAGUUUGUGCGGGGCCAUUUUUACGGGUACAUAGGCCAGAUACCUAGCUUUGUCCUGACCCUGAUUCUUCUCCCUCAUAAGUGCAGACAAUUCCUUGUGUUGGAUUACAAGGGAGGAUGCAGAGAUCAAGAGGUGAAUGGCAGUGAGCAGACAGUGGUCACUUUCUUCAUCAUGCCGGCUCGGACCAACAAUUUCAACGUGGAGACCCUCAAGGGCCAAGCCGUCCGCAAGCAGCUUUGGGACACGGCCAACACGGUGAAGGAGAAAUUCGGAAGGAAGCUUUAUGAGUCAUUGCUGGUGGGGAGCCUCCCGGACAUGAACAAGAUGCUGGACAAGGAGGACUUCACCAUGAUGAAGAGAGCCAUCUUUGCCACGCAGGUGAUCUUCCACCCAGAAUUCCUCUCUUCCACAAGCCCUCUGCUCCCUGUGGACUAUGAGGAGUUUGUCCGCGGCUGCCACCUUGGCGUGUUCCCCUCUUACUACGAGCCUUGGGGCUAUACACCAGUCUCCUUUGCAGAAGAAGCCUGGUAUUACAUGUCUGCGCGCCACAUGGCCCUGGCCAAGGCCUUUCCGGAUCACUUCACCUACGAGCCCCACGAGGCCGAUGCCGCCCAAGGCUACCGCUACCCGCGGCCGGCGUCAGUGCCACCUUCCCCCUCGCUGUCACGACACUCGAGCCCACACCAGAGCGAAGACGAGGAGGAACCCCGGGGGGAGGACGGCGAACGCUACGACGAGGACGAGGAGGCCGCCAAAGACAGGCGCAACAUCCGCGCCCCGGAGUGGCCGCGCCGCGCCUCCUGUACCUCAUCCACCAGCGGGAGCAAGCGCGGUUCGGUGGACACCGGGCCUUCGAGCUCCCUCAGCAGCCCCAGCGAGCCCCUCAGCCCCGCCAGCUCCCUGGGGGAGGAGCGCAACUAG